AUUAGGCCAAUGGAAACCUGCCGGCGAAGGAGAAUGAAACGAUGUCAUCUGCUCGUGUAAUCGUUUGAUUGGAGUGGAUAAUACGGUGCGUUUGGGGGUGUCCGGCGUAGAGGUGCAUGUGUGCAAUGAAAGCGGUGAUUGACAGGCCCAUCAUCCAAUAGGCACAAUGAUAGCAACCGGCGGCCUCCUGAGGAUUUCCCGGCGCCAGGACUCGCUGCGAUCCAAGAACAGGGCGGAAAACAAGAAGAAGAGGAAAGCCAAGAAAAAACGCAAGAAUGACGUAGUCGUUGUGAAGGGCAAAGUGAAGCUGUGCUCCGUCUCUGGACUGGUGGCAGCGCUGGGCGUUCUCAUCUUACUGGUGGGCAUCGCCAUGGCCGUGCUGGGCUACUGGCCCAAAAUGAACACCGAAUAUCCCGAGGGACCGAUUCGGACCACACACGUCCAGAGAAUUCACUUCGAGGCAACUAACUUCACAAGCAAUAGCAAAUUCUCAGCGCCGAGUGCGUUGAAUCAAACUGACGGCACUAGAAACUCGACGUCACCGACCGCGCAAUCAGUCGGGUUCUUUGCGGGUCUGUUUGCGCGUUACUUGUACUCGGACAACCUCCGAGUCUUCGGACCUUUGGUGAUGGGCAUCGGGAUCUUUCUUUUCAUCUGCGCCAACGCAGUUCUGCACGAAGAUCGUGAUAAGAAAACGAAAGUCAUAAAUCUGCGCGACAUUUACUCUACGGUCAUAGACAUCCACAGUUUGCGCACCAAAGACUGCGCGCCGUUCAACGGCCUGAUCAGCUACGUGCAGUCGAGUAGCGGCGAUGGUAAAUCCGGGUCGUCGUCCGCGGAAACGACGACACAAGGCUCCUGUCCGUCCACCUUCUCCGGUAAAGGCGGCAACUGUAGACGCCCGUCGGAUGCCAGGAAGUACAGCUUGUGCGCAAAGAGGCAGUCGUUUACGGAUACGUUAUACAGCGUUUACAGAGAUAAGCGUGACGAUGAUGAGGCAUCCGCGGUGGCCCGACCAUGGGAGACGCGUUCCAUAGUUACGUCGUCCGUUAACGCGUUCACGUUACCCGUCAUCAAACUCAACAACUGCGAAAUGCAGGAGAGAGAGGAGCAUAAGCGAGCGAACGUCGAGAAAGAGCGUCGCAAGAGUUGCGGGCCGCUCAUCAGCGUCGCUGUGGAAACAAGAGCGGAGGUGUCGAGGACGGGCUCGCAGGAUUCCGAGUUGGAUGAGAGUCAGAUUUUGGCUACAGUGAGCCAACGCCAGCUGUUGCCGCCUGCUGCUGGGAUCAGGGUCACGGGGUCACACCUGUCUCUGAACGCCCUGCUGGAUGCGGGCGCCAGAUGCCAGGACGAAAGGUCGCGGAGGUUCAGCUGUCCGAGACUGGAUCGCUCGGGCAGUAAGGGAUACAUUAAACUGGCGGAUCUGGGUGGAGAUUCAUUCGAGGCACCCGACGGAGCGCCUGACGCAGGUGUUGGAGGAAGUGAAGAGAGAGAGACACACACACUUCCUGAAAACACACCGCUGCAUACACACGUUGCAUCACUGCCAAACUCAUAAAUGCUGAUGAAUGACUGAAUCCCAAAAUCACACAUGCGCUAUUUGCAGUACUCAGUGAGUCCACAAGGUGGCAGCACACACCGUGAAUGACAGCACAGACUAAAGACACAUUUAUGGGUCUAGAGCCAUGAAUGUAAAUACUGCUGAGAUGUAGGCACUGAGGAUUACAAAGUGUUAAUUAUUAAAUUAAACGUUUAUGCCUAUGUUUGAGUGUUUGUGUGAGUGUAUAUGUUUGUGUGGAUGUGUGUGUAUGAGUGUAUAUGUUUGUGUGUGUAUGAGUGUAUAUGUUUGUGUGGAUGUGUGUGUAUGAGUGUAUAUGUUUGUGUGUGUAUGAGUGUAUAUGUUUGUGUGGAUGUGUGUGUAUGAGUGUAUAUGUUUGUGUGUGUAUGAGUGUAUAUGUUUGUGUGUGUGUAUGAGUGUAUGUGUGUGUGUGUGUAUGAGUGUAUGUGUGUGUGUGUAUGAGUGAGUGAGUG